AUUGCUGCCGCCGCCACCAGCCCUUCGCCUCCUCCUCUUCUGCACUGCACAGACCAGUCGCUGGGGCCCCUCCACUGCAAUAAAAUGUUUGACGGCUCCCUCCUGCCUCUCUUAUUUCCUUUCCUGCUGCUCUGGGGACUGGACACCACCGCAGCCGGCGGCGCGGAGCUGGAAGUGGCCAUCCCGCAGCGAGUGGCGCUGGAGAAGAUCCACCUGCUGCAGCCGGCCGGGGCCGGGCACGGGAGCAGCCCCCGCCGCCGGCGCUCGCCGCCCGAGGAGGAGGCCGUGCUGCUCCGCCUGCCGGCCUCCGGCCGGGAGCUCUACCUGCACCUCCGGCGGGACCUGCACUUCCUCGCGCGGGGCUUCGCGGUGGAGGAGCCGGGAGAGGCCCCGGCCCGCAGCCGCCCCCCGGCCGAGCAGCUCUGCUUCUACACGGGACACGUGCUGAACCGCAGCGACUCCUUCGCCUCCGUCAGCACCUGCGCCGGGCUGAUUGGCUAUAUCCAGAUUGGAACAGAACAGCUGCUAAUACAACCUGUAAAUAUCUCGGAGACCUCAUUCAGUGGAAGAGAGCAUUUCAUCAGGCACAAACGAUCCUCAAAAUCCACCUAUCCUGCUAAGGCCCAGGUCCCUGCCGAGCACUGCAAAGUCAUAUCAGAAAAGAAGAGACAAAAGAAGAUGAAACCAGUGAAUGACUGGAGAGAGCGAAGAAAUGCCAUCCGACUCACCAAUGAGUAUACAGUAGAAACCCUGGUAGUGGCUGAUGCUGAUAUGGUGCAAUACCAUGGUGCUGAGGCAGCCCAAAGGUUCAUCCUCACCGUUAUGAACAUGGUGUACAAUAUGUUUCAGCACCAGAGCCUUGGAAUUAAAGUCCGCAUUCGAGUGACCAAGCUAGUUCUCCUUCGAAACCGUCCUGCAAAACUGUCCAUUGGGCACCAUGGAGAGAGGUCUCUGGAGAGUUUCUGUCACUGGCAAAAUGAAGAGUAUGGUGGAGCAAAGUAUCUUGGCAAUAAUCAGGUUCCUGGUGCAAGAGAUGAUACCCCUCCUGUGGACGCUGCUGUCUUUGUUACCAGGACAGAUUUCUGCGUACACAAAGAUGAACCCUGUGACACAGUGGGGAUCGCUUACCUGGGAGGUGUCUGCAGUGCCAAGAGGAAGUGUGUGCUUGCUGAAGACAAUGGCCUUAAUCUGGCAUUUACCAUAGCACAUGAACUGGGGCACAACAUGGGGAUGAGCCAUGACGAUGAUCAUUUGUCCUGCGCAGGAAGAUCUCACAUAAUGUCUGGAGAAUGGGUGAAGGGCAGGAACCCUAGUGACCUUUCUUGGUCUUCCUGCAGCCGUGACGACCUUGAAAACUUCCUAAAGUCCAAGGUGAGCACCUGUUUGCUGGUAACAGACCCCCGAAGCCAGUAUGCCGUGCGGCUUCCUCAAAAGCUGCCAGGGAUGCACUACAGCGCUGAUGAACAGUGCCAGAUCCUAUUCGGGACCAAUGCCACUUUCUGUAAGAAUAUGGAGCAUUUGAUGUGUGCUGGGCUGUGGUGCUUGGUGGAAGGAGACACAUCUUGUAAAACCAAGCUGGACCCCCCCCUGGAUGGCACAGAAUGUGGCGCAGACAAGUGGUGCCGAGCUGGGGAAUGCGUCAGUAAAACUCCCAUUCCUGAGCACGUCGAUGGAGACUGGAGCAUGUGGAGUCAAUGGAGCAUGUGCAGCCGGACAUGUGGCACCGGUGCCCGAUUCAGACAGCGGAAAUGCGACAAUCCCCCCCCUGGGCCAGGAGGCAAGAACUGCCGGGGAGCCAGUGUGGAACACACAGUUUGUGAAAAUUUACCCUGCCCUAAAGGAGCGCCUAGCUUCAGGGACCAGCAAUGCCAGUCUCAUGACAGAUAUACCAACAAGAAGAAAAGCCUCUUGACAGCUGUCAUCAUUGAUGAUAAGCCGUGUGAACUCUUCUGCUCUCCUCUGGGGAAGGAGUCCCCUGCGUUGGUGGCAGACAGGGUUCUUGAUGGUACUCCAUGUGGGCCUUAUGAGACUGACCUCUGCGUACAUGGCAAGUGCCAGAAAAUCGGCUGCGAUGGGAUCAUUGGCUCAGCUGCCAAAGAGGAUCGUUGUGGAAUCUGCAAUGGAGAUGGCAAAACCUGUAAAGUGGUGAAAGGAGACUUCAACCACACCAAGGGGAUGGUAACCAAUAGUCAUUGUAAGAAGGUUUCCACGUGUGUGAUGGCAAAGGCAAAGGCUGUUCCCAAGUGUUUCUCCUGUUAUAUUGAAGCAGCUGUGAUCCCUGCGGGUGCUCGACGGAUCCGAGUGGUGGAGGAUAAACCUGCCCACAGUUUUCUGGCUUUAAAAGAUUCCAGUAAGAGAUCCAUUAACAGCGACUGGAAAAUUGAGCUUCCUGGUGAGUUUCAGAUCGCAGGCACUACUGUCCGGUACGUGCGAAGGGGUCUAUGGGAGAAAAUGUCUGCCAAAGGACCAACUAAAAUACCACUGCACUUGAUGGUGCUGUUAUUUCAUGACCAGAAUUAUGGAAUUCAUUACGAAUACACCAUUCCUGUCAACUAUACCGCCGAAAACAGAAGCGAGCCAGAAAAACAACAGGAUUCUUUGUACAUCUGGACACACAGCGGAUGGGAAGGAUGCAGUGUGCAGUGUGGAGGAGGUGGGUGACAGGCCAUUGGAGUUCUUGCUCUGCGACCUGCGAGAAAGGCAUCCAGUACCGGGAAGUGACUUGUGUUUAUCAGUUGCAGAAUGGCACCUAUGUUAACACCAGAGACCUCUACUGCCUGGGCAACAAACCCACGCCAAUACAAAGCUGUGAAGGCCAGGACUGCCUUUCUAUCUGGGAGGCUUCAGAAUGGUCAAAGUGCUCAGCAGAUUGCGGCAGGGGAAUCCAGAAGAGAACAGUAAUGUGCACGAAUUCUCAAGGGAAAUGCGAUGCAGCCACCAGGCCAAGGGACGAGGAAGAGUGUGAGGAUCACACAGGCUGUUAUGAGUGGAAAACAGGGGAUUGGUCUAAGUGCUCCUCAACCUGCGGGAAGGGCCUCCAGUCACGUGUGGUGCAGUGUAUGCACAAAGUCACCGGCCGCCAUGGCAACGAGUGCCCUGUCCUAUCCAAGCCAGCAGCCUACAGGCAGUGUCACCAAGAGGUCUGCAAUGAGAAGAUAAAUGUCAACACAAUUACCUCGCCCAGACUUGCUGCUCUCACAUAUAAGUGUACAGGGGACCAGUGGACAGUGUACUGCAGGGUGAUCCGUGAGAAGAACCUGUGCCAAGACAUGAGAUGGUAUCAGCGCUGCUGCCAGACAUGCAGAGACUUUUACGCAAACAAGAUGCAGCAGAAGAGUUAAUGAAUUGGUGCUGCUGCUUAGGGUAUUACAGCUAUUUCUAUGUAAAUCACGAACGAGCAGCUCUGAGUACUGGAACUUAAUGAGUUGCUACGAUGUGGUGGAUUCCAAAGCAUACCUAAUAAGACUUGAAACUAAUUCUGCAGACUGGAUGUACCAAAAUAAUCCACUCAUCCACCUUAAAAAAGAGUCAUCUCAAGGAGCCAAUCAUGUAGAAUUUUAUUGUGUUUUGACAUCAUUACAUUUUUCAUUAAUGCUUUUUACUUUAAUAUAUUAUUACCAGCCACUGGAUGGCUUGCUACCAUUUAAAAAGAAAAAAAAAAGACAAGAGUUGCAACGUGAUUAAAUUGACUAAAGUCAUGUGUACCUCAGUGGGAGAAAGCCUCUGGCAAAUAACUCAGCAAACGUGCAGACAUUACUUAAUGCUUCAACCUUGGCUUCCAUCUGAUGCUCUUAAUUCCCAACAGUCAGCAUGCUGUGGGGUGGGCUUGGAGGGACACACACAAAUGAAAUGCUUAAUUUAAAAGGGGGAUUUGCUAUAAAAGCUUGUGAAAACGGAUAGCAGAGGAUGGAUGUCUGAAAUUUCUGCAGAAAGCUCAGCACAGUUUUAUCCAACAUUCCAUUUAAUGUAAUUUAAAAAAAAAACACUAAUUGGGAAUUCCUUCUCCUGUCUGGUUCUGAAAACAUAUCCCCCUCUCUCUAUUUAAAAACACAUGUGUUUUCUUUUAUGAUGCCUUAUUCUCCUCAACGAGUUUAAAGAAAUGGAAGCUAAUUAACCCAGGAGCAGACAGUUAAUUUUAAGCCAGAACCACUUGCAUGAGAUGGAAGUAGCAGGAAAUCAUUUCAAUAUAUACGGUUUGUUGGGGAGGGGUUGUUUAACCUCAUCUUUCCAAUUUUUGGAAUUCAAUCUGAUAAUGAGACUGAAUGCUAUUUCUUAAGGGUAUUGUGAAACCAACUAGGGUUGGCACAUACCCGAAACAGAGACCAGAACAGCAUUUGCAGGAAGGGUAACUUAGAGACCAAGCAGAUCUUUCCCCUCUCUAGGGGCUGGUCUACACUGGGGGGGGGGAUCGGUCUAAGAUACGCAACUUCAGCUACAUGAAU